CUCUCUCUCUUCCUCUCCCUCGACUCUCCAGCCUGUCGUCGUCGUUUCGUCGUCUUCUCCUCGUAGUUUCCGUCCGGAGAGCGCUUCCACGCACACCCCGUUCGUCGUCGCACCGGAAGAGAGAGACUCGCGCAGACCUCCUCCUCGUGCUCCCUCUGUCCACCCCCUCGUUUACCCUCGAAACGCGUCCGUGAUAUCGCGUUCCGCUUCGACAGAGGUGCCGGCGAUUGAAGGAGGAACCAUGAGAGGUGCGUCGGAGAAACGCGACAAGGAGAACCAACGGCCGAUGGCGACGGCGCAAGCCACCGUCCCGACGGACGAAGACGCGGCCGACGUCGUCCAGCAGGAAGAGUAAAGAGCCUAGAAGACACAGAGUCGUGUUUUCGUUGUGAUGUCAGCGGGUAACAGAAACGCGGACGAGGCAGUGAGCGACGCGCUCUUGGAGAAGCUCCGAACUCACGCAGCUAAGCCGCAAGAAGCGGGCGACGCGUUCCGGGCGGUCCUGGCCAAGAUUCACGCGCGUGUCACCUCGUCAGACCGGCGGGUGCGCGAGCGCGCGCUGGAGAAGCUCUGGCAGAAGAAUUCCGGCGCGAUGGAGUCCUUCAUAGUGGCGCUGGAGAACUGCAAGGAUCACGUCGCCGACUGCAGCAUCGCCGGCAUAUUACACGAAUGCAUAUCGCCCCGGGCGAGCAGGAGCAAGUCCAAGAAGAAGGGGAGCAAGAACAAAAGCGCCACAAGAACCAGUAGCCGAAUGGCGGUCAUUCAACUGGUCAACUUGGGCAUCACGCAAGUCCUGGUGAAACUUUUAAUAAACCUGCAGCACGCAGACACCAUCACGAACGAAAUGCUCACUCAAGACAUCCUCUGUAUUCUGGGCCAGGUGGCGCAGAGGGACCAGAAGUUCGCGUCGAAGAUGAAAUUGCUCAACUCCGUCAAAGUGUUCCACGCGCUGCUGAGACAGCACUACAACAACAACAAGAUAUUACUGCCGUUGCUGUUGAUCAUCAAGACUCUCGCGAAGAACCCUUUUUCCCUGCAAACCCUGGUGAGGGACGGCAUCACCGGCACCUUGGAGAAAACGUUCAUCAGCGUCGGUUACGCGCCGCACUUGAAACUGAGAACCCUUAUUGAAUGCCUCAAGCACUUCACGACUAAUAAGCUCUGCUGCAACAAGCUCGUCAAAGUGGGAAUAGUGCACCUGCUGAUGCGCAUCUUCGAGAGGUGGGAGCGAUUCGACGGUCCGAUGCGGCUGAAGAUUUGCAAUUACGCCCUGAACACUCUUCAGCAUCUCUGCGUGAUAAAAGCCGGCAGGAAGGCUAUCAAGUCGAACAACGGCCUACAGCUACUGUACCGGUUCUGCACGAACUGUCCGGAGGACAAAGCCUACGACUGCCUGCUGUCUCGUAUUUGCGGUAUAAUCAAUCAGUGUCUGGAAAAGAAGGAAUUACCGGUGCCCGAAAUGUCGCCCGCGAGAUUCGUUCUGCCCGAAGCGAAUGUCAGGGCGAACAGCGCUGAAAGCGGUAGCGACAUCGACAGCCAGGCGAACAGCAUGGCGUCGGCCGGUAGGCUCUACAGCGAUUUGGACUCCGGCGACGAUGAGGAGGAGGAAGAGGGGAGCCACGACUCCAGAAACGCGAUCGACAACGCGAUCUACAUGAGCGACGAGGUGGACGAGGGCAAAUUCUUCGCCGGGGUCUUCACCUCGCAGAGGUCCGAGGAGGAUCUCGUUGGGUAUCACACGUUCUUCCGAGAGCUGGGCGGUCUGCGAUCGCAGCUGCGCCUCGCCGGGUCGUCCGCCGUCAAGUUGACCGAGCUCGGCUUCAUCGAGGACGAGCAAGCGGACUCGCAGUCUGUGAAGACGGGAAAGUCGAGGACGCCUCCUAAGGACUUGACGAGAGUGAACGGCACGACGAAGCAGCAACUCGUGACGAACGACAGGCACCGAUUGAAGAUCCUCGAGGACGCGUCGGGGGAGCUAACGGACCAGGAGGCGUAUUGCGCGGUGGCGAGCCGGGUGAGGAGCGUCAUCGGCUUCGUGAAGGUCGCCUAUCCGGACUGGACCGGCGGCGACGGCUGCGGGAAAGCCGAGCCGCUCAACACCAAGGACCGCAAGGUGUGCCGGGCGAAAUUGCUCACCUGCGUCGAGCGUGGCUUCCAUUCCUCCGCCGUCCAGGAAGUCGUUUACGAUCUCGACGCUCUCGUGGGUCCCGCCUGCCGGCAGGGACGGGACGCGCGGCUUCUAGACAACUGCGACGAGAAGAGGAUCGGCAAGCGCGUGCUGGACACGAAGCAGUUGCAAUUCGAGUCCAGAUUCGAAAGCGGAAAUCUCAGGAAAGCUAUUCAGAUAGGCCUGCGGGAGUACGACCUGAUCCUGACGCCGGACGUCAACAGCGGCUCGCGGCAUCAGUGGUUCUACUUCGAGGUCUCCAACAUGGAGGCGAACGCGCCGUACACGUUCAACAUCGUCAACUGCGAGAAGGCGAACUCGCAGUUCAACUUCGGCAUGAAGCCGAUACUGUUCAGCGUGACGGAGGCGAAGUACGGCCGGCCGGGCUGGGUGAGGACCGGCGUCGACAUCUGUUACUACCGGAACUGUUACCAGCGACCCGCCCGAGGCAAGACGUACCUGACGACGUCCUUCACGGUUACGUUUCCGCACGCCCACGACGUCUGUUACCUGGCCUACCACUUCCCCUACACGUACAGCCAGCUGAUGACCGACAUCUGGAAGUGGAGGAAGAAAUGCGCGAACGCGAGCGUUUACUUCCGCGCGGAGACGCUCUGCGAGACUCUCAACGGCAAUGAGAAUCCGGUGCUGACCAUCACGUCGCCGGACUCCAGGGGCAACCCCAUACAUGCUCGCAAAGUGAUCUUCUUGACGUCCAGAGUGCACCCGGGCGAAAGCAACGCCUCCUGGGUGAUGCAUGGGACGCUGAAGGCCCUCUUGAACGACAACCAGUACGCCUGCAGUCUACGUGACGAUUAUGUGUUCAAAAUAGUUCCUAUGCUAAAUAUAGAAGGCGUCGUGAACGGCUGCAAUCGAUACGGGCUGACGAACGAGGACCUGAACCGACGGUGGAGCAAUCCCAACCAGGUGUACCAUCCGGUGAUCUAUCACACGAAGGGCCUGAUGGAGUACUGCGCGAAGGUGCUGCAGCGGCCGCCGCACGUUUUCGUCGACUACCACGGCCACUCGCGGAGGAAGAACGUGUUUCUGUUCGGCUGCUCAAGGUCGGGUUCCUGGAGCGCCGCGGACAGGACGAAACCGGACCAGCCGGUGCAGUAUUUGAUGUUGCCGCACCUCAUGCAGAAGACCUCGGCGGCUUUCGCUUUGCCACUGUGCUCCUUCAAGGUCGAGAGGAACAAGGAGUCCACCGCCCGAGUCGCUGUGUGGCGGCAGUUGGGCGUUGCGAGGAGUUACACGAUGGAGAGCAGUUUCUGCGGCUGCGACCAAGGCGCUCUGGCGGGCCUGCACCUCGACACGGAACAUCUGAAAGCCAUCGGCAGGGACUUCUGCCGAGCUUUGUCCAUGAUGAAGUACAGCGGCGACGACUGGGCUGUUGAAAAGAGCGCGAUGCGACCGGCAAUUAUUUCCGAAGAGAUCCGCCGUCGAAGCCGGCCGUGUGGCAACUCGAUCGCGGAGAAAUCACGCGGACUGAACUCAUAUAUAUACGACGUAGAUCGACGACGGAGCAGGCCUGCUGCCCGAGAAUGUGCGUUCUGCGAAACAACUCCUCAAGGAAGACCCCGAAAUGUAUUCAGGAUAAACACGCUAUGCAUCACACCACGGCGCUCCCAUAGCGACAGAGAUAGCCGUCGAGUAAUAGCUUCACAAAGAAUCCCUACGGAGGAACAUAUCCCCGAGGAGUCGAGAUGCAUGGACGACAGAGUAUCCACCAGCAGCGAGUCGGACGAGUCCGAGUAUGAGAUUUAAGAGAGACUGCUGUCACCGGUCGAGCGUGACCGGCCAAGUCGCUGAUCCGACACACGAAAUUCACCAUGGAUACUUAAUCGGCGGUGUGCGAACGUAAAAUCACUCAUUAAUUGCAACGAUCAUGUUCGUAUUUCCGUUCCGACGAUAUAGAUCAGCGCGAGAAGCGGGUAUCACUCACGCCGGAUGAAUAUUUUAAACAAUGUUUAUUUAAAACUGGUAACAAAUGUUUAGAGCUACUAG